UAAACGUUUUGAGACAUUCUCUCAAUCCAGUGUUGACGAUUUUCUUGAAUGGAUGACAGACUUUAACGAAGUCAUCAGAAAUACACAGUCUCCAAAAUGUCGUCUCAUUUUAUCCAUCCUAUUUUCUACAUAUGCAAAGAAAGCAAUGUCGGAAUUUAAACCAAGAGACCUUUCAUUAAUUAUUGAUCGAUGCCUGGAAUGCGCUAUUGAAAAUCAAAACCACAUAUUGAUUUUAGAGAUUGUGAGGUCAUACGUGCUUGAUUUUGAUUUUCAUUUGUGUAAACUGUUUAAAGGCAAGAAAAGAAUUUCUUUUCUUGUGGACACUUUCUUGAAUACAGCAUUAUACAUACUUCUAAGAGAAUGUCCAAGACUUCAACAAAAUGCAAUCAGACUAUCGUUCUGUUGUGAAUGUAGCAAGGAAAGUAGGCUUGUGAUCAUGAUGUUAUACAAAGGUAGCAUAGAAAUGAAAGACGGAACUCCGGAAAAGGUCAUGGGGGUCAAUCUGGUAUUGUAUAACUAUACACACCCAUCUGAUGAAGCUCAUACUGUCUUCAACUCCUCUUCUGCUUCUUUUUCAUCAACCAACCUGCCUGUUAUACCAGAAAAUGACGCAAGAAAACUUUUCAAGAAGCAUUCCAACCUCACUUUGAUAUCGGCAUCUCCUUAUAAAUCAUCAGGAUAUUCCAAAGGAAAACAUGUCAUUAUCGAAAAACACUGCAUUAGUCUUUUGUGUUUACAUAAAGGAUUCAUUCCCUUUGGAGAACGAGAGUUUCCUAAACAAAUCAAUGGUUUCGAAGUAGAUGUACAGGAGGGCUACUGUUUGUUGGGAAGUGGUAAAUCUAUAGACUUUGGGGGACAUAUCCGUCGUGCCAGAGGAGUUAACAAUCCUGGAAAUGGAAGCAUUGGGGGUUUUGUUGAUUUGCCAGAUGGUUCCGUUGGUUUGAUUACGUGUGCUCAUGUUGUAUUUUCAACAGAUGAAUUGAAUGUACCAAAUACUGAAUUAGAAAACUAUGUAACUUGUAGAGGUACAGAUUUUAAAGCAGAGUUUUUUGAUAAAAAUAAGCAUAAAUUUCAAGUAUGUGGCAAUAUUGUGGAUAAACGCUUUCCACUCUCAAUGAAUGACAAUGCCAUUGACGCCGCUUUGAUAAAACUUGACCCAACUGUGAACGAAUUUGGAUUUCCCGUGGCACUAGCUAGUCAACUAUAUUCAGCAGGUUUUGACCCAGAUAUAUCACCAGUAUUUAAUGGGGAGGUUGUUACUUUGCAAGAUCCUUACCCUAUCCACAACGUAGGCAGCAGAUUUCCGGAUAGAUUAGACAGUGUCAUAAAAUAUGGAAGUCAAUCAGGGUUCACGAUUGGAAAUCUCUACUUUGAUGGAGCACAUAUCCGCUUUUUGAACGAAUCUUUAGGUUUACCGGACCAAAUCAACAUUGUGUCUAUGUAUAAUCAAAUUGAAAUUCAAAGCCUUCCACAUGGGGCCUUUUUUGAAGUUGGUGAUUCAGGGGCCUUUGUUUUCUGUAUCAAUCCAGACAAGACUCUGAGCUGUCUUGGGAUGGCGAUAGGUUUGACCACUAGGGGAUCCUGUCUCGUGACACCAAUGGUUAGAAUACUAGAUUCUUUUGGUCUCCCUCAUACAUUAAAGCCGUGUUCUUCGUUUUGCCCUAGAAACAACUCGUCAGGGUCACAGGAUCCUACAGGUUCACAGUCAGAACAGCAAAAUAAUAAUGCUUCAUCCAGUGUUGAUUUAGGAGCAAUUCUGUUGAAUUUGCAAACUUCAAUAACGAGUAUGCAAUCGUCAAUAAUGGGCGUUCAGAAUCAACAAACCUCUAUUCAAACUUCAUUACAAAGUGUACAAGCAGAGGUUGGAAAUCUGAAAGCACAAGUUCAAGCAGACGUUUGGGAUUUGAAAGCUCAAAUUCAAGAAUUAAAAGAUGAGAUUCACACAAAUUCAUCUACUGGUUUAUUGGACAUCAACCAAAACUAGAAAGUCUAUUUUAAAUCUAGAUAUUCCUGUCAUGUACUUUAUCGAACCUUUUAGAAAAAAUGAACUCGCACAAAACUCACAGAUGGUGAU